GUUGCCGAUCUCUCCAUUUCACCGUCCAACGACCGCACAGAACGGAGCAUCGGGAGCCUCGAGCUCAUCGCUCCUCAUCCAUCGCAUCCAUCGCAUCCAACAUCAUCUAGAGCAUCGACACAUCGACAAGCGGGAUGGAAGUCGCCUCCAGCACGCCCGCCAUGUCCGCGAGCCCAUCCUCUUCAUCUCUCGCCCCUCCUCCUGCGACAUCGUCAUCACAGCAGCGAGCUUCUCCGCCCGCAUCCUCAUCUUCAAUCUCCUCGAAGAUCAGCUCACCGGCAUAUCGCCCCGGAUGCAAGCAUCUACGCUGCCUCCCGCCAUCAGAGCUCAAGACGAUGCUGAAGCGGUAUGCUCUUGGCGUCAGGUGGGGAAAGAAGAUCAGGCAGGGCUUGGUGCAGAAUCUGGAGUUGGAGGAGGAUGAAGAUGAGCAGCAGAAUCGUUGGGGAUCCAGUACGCAGCAGAAGAAGCUGCUCCCCCACCCGCUCUGCUCAGCUUGCUAUGCAACGCUACACAAGCCCUAUCUCUGUCUCUCCUGCGGCUAUGCUGGCUGCUUCUACGGCUCUUCCUCCUCGUCAUCGGCGGCAGUCUCCCAAGGAUGCAUCACGCGGCACAUGACAUCGACAAAGGGUGGCCACGACUAUGCGAUUGAGCUUCAUUCUGGCCUGUUGUACUGCAAUCAGUGCCAAGGAGCAGUACAUGAUCCAAGGUUUGAGGCCAUCUACCAUCGAGAGAGGGCGCGAGCUGCAGGGAUUGGUGGGAGCAGUAGCCGUCAUCCUCUUCUCAUGGACUACACCGACAACGACGCUGAGAGCAGUCCGGCAGUCACUUCGCUCCCACAGCAUCCGAUCUCGUCGCGAGUUCCCCGAGGCAUUCACAAUCUUGGAGCCACCUGCUUCCUAUCGGUCAUUCUUCAGAGCUUCGUGCACAAUCCUGUGCUCCGCAACUAUUUCCUCUCGGAUCGGCAUAACUCUGACUUGUGUGGGCAUGCUGCGGGAGGGGAGUCCUGCGUAGCGUGCGAGAUGGAUCGGCUAUUCAGAGACUUCUUCAACCACGACGCACACCCACGCACCACCCUGCAGCCGCCAGCUCCAUCCCCAUGGACACCCAACUCCUUUCUUUACACCAUCUGGCGCGCUCAAGCGCAGGAAGGCUCCCAUGAGCUUUCUCAAGCAGGGCAACAGGACUCGCACGAGCUCUUCAUCUCUGUGCUCAAUGCGCUGCACACUGCCUUAACAGCCUCGGGGAGCGACCCGAAGACGAGAAAGGGUGACGUGCCGAGGUGGAGGAAUGAGAACGAUCGAGCAACGACGGACAACGGGGCGAAUGGCAGUCACGAAGCCAAUGGGCAGCACCAUCAUGCCUCUGGCCCGUCGACGGGCUUUGCCUCCCGUCUAUGCGACUGCCUCAUUCACCGCACGUUCGCCGGUGUACUCCAGUCGGACGUUCGUUGCCUCGUCUGCGGGUAUCGCUCCUCGACGCACGAUCCUGUCCUCGAUCUUUCCGUCGACCUCAAGGGUCCCGCGUCGACAACGUUCAGCGGCUCAGAUGGAGGUGCACUCUUCGACGAUGCGGACCCGCUUGAUCUACUAGAGGGACCGGCGAGCAAGAAGAAGAAGGGACCUGGGGGCCAGGCGGCUGCGGUGCUGAAUGGCGGGGCGGCAAUGAAAAAAAGCAACUCAAAGCAGGGCUCUCUGCUCCCUCCAACAGGCAGUACGUCCUCUCCGUCGCGCAAAGUCUCCCCAGUAGGCGAUCUGGACGGCCCACCAGCGCAGGAUCUACUACACUGCCUGCGCCGUUACUGCACGUCUGAGCGGCUCCCUCCCUCAUCCUAUUCAUGCCCGCAAUGCGGGCCAGUCGAAGCGUCCAAACAGCUCAGCCUUCGCCGUCUCCCGCCAGUGCUCUGCAUCCAGCUGAAGCGCUUCGAGCAUCACUUGCUCGGGAACAGCAGUAAGGUCGAGGCCAGAGUGCGCUUCCCCCUAGGACUGGACGUGAGAGAAUUUGUUACUCCGAGCGUACUCGAGAGAGGAGAGCGUGCUAGAGAUGGUGGGAGGAAGGGAGGGGGAAGAAGGGCAAAGAGAGAGGGCAGUGCGGGUGGCGAGGAUGAUGAGGGGGAGCGCAGUGCAGAAGACGAGGAAGAGGACGACGAUGGAGCGUCAGACGAUCCGCUAGCUAUCGACGACUUCCUCUACUCCCUCUUCUGUGUCAUUGUGCACGAGGGUACGCUCAACACGGGCCACUACUGGUGCUUUGCGAAGUGGCAAGACAACUGGUAUCGCUUCAAUGAUGCUGAGGCGCCGAGAAAGGUCAGCGUGGCGGAGGUGGUUGCCCAGGAGAAACAGGUGUACCAACUGGUUUACGUGAGGAGGGGGCUUGAAAACGUGCGGUGAAGCGGCAAAUUUCGCCCGUGAGAUAGGAAGAAUAGCACUGCAUUAGUACGAGUCAAGGAAGCCUCCAGGGUAUUGAGAUAGAGGUGGAGGAAGACAGGAGCGCACCGAGCCAGGUCCUCACGCUCACUUCGUCUUCUCCUCCAUGAGCUUCACGCUGAGGUUCCACAGCUGCUCACCAAGCUUGUCAUCCUGGCUCAGCUUCGUUUGAGAUGACUUUUGCCCAAAUUCGGCUCGAUAGACAUCCCAGCUACCUUCCUUCUCCACCUCGGGGCUAGUAGCGCCAUACAAUGGGG